AUGCCCGUCAAGUGGCAGAGAUUGCGUCUCUCGAAUCGAGAGGCAAUACCUCCCAUUCUUUUCAAAUAUUCCUCAACAUCAAAAGGCUACGAGCUGUACAUAACUGAUCUUACCAACAUCUGGUCUGAACGUCUGACCCGCCAAGAUAUCCUGAGAAAAGCUGAUGAGGAUGACACCACAAUCGAUCCGAGCGAGGACAUGGAACAAUUUGGAGUCCUUCUGCAAAAGAUAGAAGACGCACUGCGUAGCCAACCGGGAAGCACCGUGACCCUGAAUCAUAGCUCAGGAGACUUGCUGGAGCUAACUACAUCUACCAAACUGCCGGCUCCACUUCAACCUCUGAAGUGGGCUGCACGUCUCUCUAAGGAGCCACAGUCUGUUGCUACUGGUCAACUCCUUCUUCCCCUCAUAAAGGCGGAAGCUGACUGGGAGUCACACCAGAAAUCCCUCAUUGAUCAACUACAUAAGAAAGACUGGAUUCUCGCGAAGCUCUUCGAUAAGAUCGAAGCCGUGGGCAUUGAUCUAAGUACUAUAUUUCCUGGCAUCUCUGGCUUACGGGCGGGUCAGAAGGGCACAACGCUGGCCCAGGCCGCUAAACAUAUAAAAAGUGUUGCGCCUUUCGACGAAAAAGCCUGGCUAAAGGAAGUCAGUGCGUCGGCCUCUGCAUCGGGUCUUGCCGCUAAUAUUCUGGCGGAGGUUUCCAAUUGUAACGGCCCAAAUCGAUCGAGAGGUCUUGGACCACCACCAGACAAGUGGUGGGAGAAACUUACUGUAACCAAGACUACUGUGGCUCCCAUACGAGAGGAAAGUGAACCGAAAAAAGGACGCGAGCCUUCUAAAGAUGUGUUGGAGGCCGAUACAGAUACGCCUACUGAAACAGAGGAUGACGAGUUUGAACGGCAAGAAACGCCCCCAAGAUUGAAACAUGUCAAGAGCCGCGAGAAAACCCCUAUCAACAUUGGGCAGGAUGAUGACCUUGGGAAAGCUCCUCUGAACAAACCGUCGCCUCCUCCAAGGCAGAAAAGCUCUGCAAAACCAUCAAAAGGCCUGGGGGUAAUCGGUGGGAAUAAACAUACUAGAGCGCCCCAGCCCUCACCUCCACGAGCUUCGUCUACGCUCACACCACAAAUAGCCGACGACCAAACAGAUUCAGGGUCUGACCAUGAAAGUGUGGCUUUAGCACCAACUUCACCAACGAAGCCUAAACCAGAGUUAUCAGAGAAAGCGCAGGGUAAACCGCGAGGAUUAGGAGUCAUCGGUGGUAAGAAGAAACAAAGGCAAGCUUCCCCUAGUGAGCCUCGAUCUCCAUCAACGAUAAAGUCCCCAAGUGCAACAGAUCAGCCACCUCCCGCAACAUCUCCCCCGACAGAGGCUAGAACAAAAAGAGUCAGUAAACUCGGUGUUAUCGGAGGCAAAACCUCUAAAAGCGAUGCGACUACUUCUUUGGAGCGUGGACCAGAGGAGGGCAACGUUGACCCAUCUAGGGAGAUGUCAAACCACAGUUCCGAACCACCAAGAUCUUUAUCGGCUGAACGUCGACAGCUAAAGAUAAUGGAACAGUCAGAAAGAGAGGAAGAAGGUCAAGAAAGAGCGGAUAGGAAGCGCGAAGAAUUGAAGAGACAACUGGAGGCGAAGAGCAAAGCCCCAGCUAAGAAGAAGCGGAAAUUCUGA